AUGACAUCUAAAGAGCCACCUCUUGUUGAGCAAAGAUCCAGGUCCAAGCCACCAAUGGAAUUCCCUCGGGUGUUCAUACGAGGAUCCCCUGAGGAUUUCCUAGGAGCCGAGCAGCCCCAGGAAUCUUCUACCAGUGAUUCACCAUCUCACAAUCCAAAGCAUGGAAAUUCUAGAAGACAAGCUGCCCAAGCGGUUUCUCCCUUGUCGAUCGAUGAGUAUAAAGGUUCUAUUGAUCCUAUGGAGCAUCUCCACAAGUUCGAGAAUGUCGCCCUGCUGCAUCAAUAUACCGACGAUGUUAAGUCGGCGAGCGGCAGCAACAACUCAGCAGGGGGCAGCAACCUUUGGCGACAGAUCCGACCAACUCCACCUUGCCGGAGGGGUUCUCCGGCAAGAACCUUCACCUCCGGACGUUCUUCCUUCACUCCUGCCUUCUGGGGUUCAGGCGGCAGCAAGAAGAAGGCAGCAAACAGAUUCAUCUCCAUUUCCGAUCAGGUUCCAGCAGAGGGGUUCUCGCUGGAGGAUUCGUUCAUCAUCCCCAUUUGUGUCGAAGAGUGCAGCGACCAGCAGACUUUCCUCCUCCUCCUCCUGCUGCUACGGCUAGAACACUGCUACGGCGAGCCGAUGGCGUCAUAUGAGCAGUCGUCGAUGCUGAUUUCCACCGGCGGGCAGCAUAAACGGCACCGCCGUUUGGGGUUACUGUUCCCGGAGUGGGUGGCGGCGGCCGACCGGAAGCUGCUGGCGGAUUCGGACGUGAAUCCGGAUCUCGUGGUGGCGCAGGAUGGCUCCGGCGACUACAGAUCCAUUGUAGAAGCCGUGGCGGCUGUGCCCAAGGAGAGGGGAGGAAGCACGACGAGGUUUGUGAUAUACGUGAAGGCCGGCGUCUACAAAGAGUACGUGGAGAUUCCUAGCUCGAUGGAGAAUUUAAUGAUGACCGGCGACGGGAUAGAUGCUACCGUGGUGACCGGGAACAGGAGCGUUAAAGAUGGCUACCGGACCUUCCAAACGCCCACCUUCGGCGUAUCGGGCAACGGAUUCAUCGCCCGCGACAUGACGUUCCAAAACACGGCCGGGCCGAAAAAGGAACAGGCGGUGGCGCUCCUAUCCCAGUCCAACCUCUCCGUCUUCUACAGAUGCAGCUUCAAGGGUUACCAGGACACCCUCUACGUCCACUCCCAAACACAGUUCUACCGAAACUGCGACGUCUACGGAACCAUCGACUUCAUCUUCGGCAACGCCACUGUUGUCUUCCAGAACUGCAACCUCUGCGUUAGGCGGCCAAUGAGCGGCCAGAAGAACACAGUGACGGCUCAGGGCAGGAACAGCUCGGACGAGACCACCGGCAUAUCGAUCCACAACUCCGUCGUGGCUGCAGCGUCUGACCUCGCGCCGGUGCAGGGGUUAUUCAAGACGUACCUCGGCCGGCCGUGGGGGAACUAUUCGAGGACGGUGGUGAUGAAGACGGAGCUGGGGGACUUGAUCGACCCAGCGGGGUGGUUGGAGUGGGACGACCGCCCCGCGCCGGACACAUUGUACUAUGGGGAGUUCAUGAACACUGGCGCCGGCGCCGACACGAGUAGGAGGGUGACUUGGCCCGGUUAUCACGUGAUCAAUAACUCGUCUGAAGCUGAAAAAUUCACUGUCGGAAGCUUCUUGUCUGGUGACACGUGGAUACCAGCCACCGACAUUCCUUUCACGCCGGGCCUAUAA